AUGUCCCACCCGCGCGUAGAAGAAGUAUCCGACAGCGACGAUGCCAUCUCCGAUCCGGAGGAGGUGGACCUAGACGACUUUGACGACGGCGACAUCCUCCGACAGCGUGCCCCUCCACCGCCGACGACGAGCAGACCUUCGUCCAUCCCUCCACCCAGCUUCCCCGCGUCAGCCGCGUCGGGAGGGCACUUCCCCCCGACACAGAACCUGUCCAGCGACGCCGACAGGGCGCAGUACGCCUCCUUCCAGUGCCUGUACCCGGUGUACUUCGACUCGAGCCGGUCCCGCGCCGAGGGGCGCAGGGUGUCGUCCGAGCUGGCGGUGCGCAACCCUCUGGCGCGCGACAUAGCGAGCGCCUGCUCGCGCCUGCGGCUGCCCGCCCUCCUCGAGCCGGACAAGAUGCACCCGCGCGACUGGGCGAACCCGGGCCGCGUCAAGGUCGGGCUCAAGAAGGUCGCCGGCGCCGGCUCCGUCAACAACAAGCACCAUCUCUAUGUCCUCGUCGCCAGGUUUCUCCGUGAGAAUCCCACCUGCGACGACAGCAUGGGCCUGCGCGUCCGCAUGGGCGGCCAGCUCCUCCCCGAGUUGGGCAAGCCCUACCCCCGUCCCUCCGUGCCGAGAGGCUGGAAGAUGGGCGACCUCCUGCCUUAUGCCAGUCCGGCCAUGACCGGCGGGGGCGUCUCGGAUAACCUGUUCAAGGAUAUGAUGGGCGAGAUGCAGGGCGGCAUGGAUCCCAUGGCUGCCCUCAUGGGUGCCGGUGCUGGCGCUGGCGGUGCUGGCCCGUCGGAUGCUGGUGGGAAGAAGAAGAAGGAUAAGAAGAAGGGCAAGUCUUGA